UCCGCUUCAAAUUUUUAAGUUCUUAUUUAUCAUUAUGGACACAAAUUCCACUAUAUUUGGACUUACUAGGACGGAGAAAAUAGAGCACUGAGUAUCCAAUCAAAUUUGUACAUCAAGCGCAACCUGGCAGGCGUAAUCUGGUAGACUUUCCCGGGAAAAUUUUAAACAGAUAUAGCCUAAUUUCUACAAAAAGAGGAAAUGUGACAAUGUCCCUUUCUACCCAAGAUGAAGAAGAACAGUUUGUGUUGGUGGCCAAACUGGACAACGCAAAGAACAUGUCUAGCAUCAUAAAAGCCAUACACUUCAAAGAUACAGCAAUAUUUUUUGCCACUAAGAAUGGGAUCAAGUUGACUGUUGAGGAGUCAAAGUGUCUCCAGGCCAAUGCAUUUAUCCAUGCAGGGGUUUUCCAAGAGUUUAUCAUCAAAGAAGAGCAGUCAACGUUCAAGAUCAACCUUACAGUCUUACUGGAUUGCCUGAACAUAUUUGGAAGCAGUGCAGUUCCAGGGGUAAAUACAGCUUUGAAGAUGUGCUAUGGUGGCUAUGGUUGUCCUCUUACACUAAUGUUAGAAGAAAGUGGGGUAUUGACAGACUGCAGCAUUAAAACACUAGAACCAGAUGAGACACUAGAUUUCAACUUUAGCAGUGCUAAUGUAGUGAACAAGAUAAUCAUGAAGACUGAACCUCUGAGGGAAGCAUUCAGUGAAUUAGACAUGACAAGUGAAGUUCUACAAAUUCUUAUGUCCCCAGACAAACCAUACUUUAGAAUGUCAACAUUUGGUAACUCGGGGAGUACACAUCAAGAUUUCCCCAAAGAUUCUGAUAUGGUAGAAUCAUUCGAGUGUCAACAAACACAAACAAACAGGUACAAGCUCUCUCUGUUAAAGCCCUCUACUAAAGCCCUGGCAACCGCCACUAGAAUCUCCAUCAGGACGGACUACAGAGGAUUCAUAUCUCUGCAAUAUAUGAUAAAAAAUGAUGACGGCCAAGUGUGUUUUGUUGAGUAUUAUUGUUCUCCUGAUGAAGAAGUGAAUGACUGAGGACAUUGUGAUUGGUUCAUUUAUCUCCAAGGUGCCAAUUCAAAACAAACUGUUCCAAUGCAUGUACCUGUAAUCUCAUAAACUAACUGAGACAUUUUACAGCAAGUGGAAGGAACAUGUACAAAGCUUUGGAAGUGAUUUUUUGUUCAUUUCAUGGCAAUGUUAUUUGCUGAGAGCUUUUAGUAUAAAAUACACUCCCUUUUUUAUUCAAAAAUAUUUAUUCUUUAAAUUAUUAUUCACUCUACAUUUGCCAACAGUUAUCUAUUAAGUGUAUCAAUGUGAAAAAAC